AUGGGAGACAUGCCGGGGGAGCAGCAGCAGGAGCCCGCACACCGGCAGAUCCGCUUCGCCGAUGGCAGCGGGAGCAGCAAUGAGCUGGAUAAGGAGAGCGAGUGCAGCGGGAGCCCGGAGCUGGAAGGGACGGAGGAUGAGCAGCAGCAGGUGGGACCUCAGCUUAAGCUGCUGCCCAUGAACGACCAGAUCCGGGAGCUGCAGACCAUCAUCCGGGACAGGACCACAAGCCGAGGGGAUUUCGUAUUUUCUGCAGAUCGUUUGAUCCGGUUGGUGGUUGAGGAGGGUCUGAAUCAACUGCCGUAUACAGAAUGUACUGUUACUACACCCACUGGUUACAAGUAUGAGGGGGUGAAAUUUGAGAAAGGGAACUGUGGAGUGAGCAUUAUGAGAAGUGGUGAAGCCAUGGAGCAGGGGCUCAGGGACUGCUGCCGCUCCAUCCGUAUUGGGAAGAUCCUGAUCCAGAGUGAUGAAGAAACGCAACGUGCCAAGGUUUACUAUGCCAAAUUCCCACCAGAUAUUUAUAGGAGGAAGGUUCUCUUGAUGUACCCUAUACUAAGCACUGGAAAUACUGUCAUUGAAGCUGUAAAAGUUCUGAUAGAACACGGGGUUCAACCAUCCUGCAUCAUACUGCUCAGUCUCUUCUCUACCCCACAUGGUGCCAUCUCCAUCAUCCAGGAAUUUCCUGACAUAACCAUUUUAACCACAGAGGUCCACCCGGUUGCCCCCACACACUUUGGACAAAAGUAUUUUGGUACAGACUGACCACGUGAAUCUCCGACCACAUGACCCUCCCUCUGCAGGGGGGUGCACAUGUUGCCCCAAUGCCAUGCAGUUACCUUUAUAUUCUUCAGUGUAUUACCACCUACUGCUUAGAUAGGGCUCUGAAUUAUGCAACUUUUUUGUAUGGUCUUUUUUCUAGCUUUUUAUUCAAGACUCACUGCCUAGCCACCAACAGAGACUGAAUGGUGUUUUUACUUGAUUUUCAGUGCUUUCUCACCUCUCCCCCAGUGUUCAGUGACACAUUCCAUUCAAAAACAGCUUUUACUGGUGUGCUAAGGCAUUCUAGGGCAUCAGGUAUUUAUUUGUAUUACUAUUACAACAGCAUAACAAUAAAGUGUUGAUAUGAUUCA